AUGGGUAUUGAAGUCCGCAAUUCAAAAGCAGUAUCAUAUUCAUACUCGCUAGCUCUCCAACCUCUCCUAGUCUCCCGCAUUUCAGUUUCUGGACAUAGAAACCCAAAUGACCAAAGUGGUGGGAUCAAGCACAACAAAGACAAGUGCAUUGAAAUAGACGCCGACCAUCGAAAUAGGCCCAGUCUUACUCCUAUUUUAUUGAGAAUUGAUGAAUUAGAGCCCGGAGGACUCGGAUCGGAUCGUGGAGUGGAGAGUGGAGAAGAAGAGUGA